CAUCGCCCAAACGCUUCCCAGAAGCACCACGCUGAGCCGUCCGGAAGAUGAACAGCAUGAGUCUCAAGCCAGGCCACGCCGAAGAAUUCUCCCGAAGCUGGACGCACAGUUUUGCUCUCUCCCGAGAGGAUCUGUGGAGUACACCGUGCCUGCAUUUAUUGCCGCCGAGCUGCAAAGUCAUUGUGCUGGACUCGACUCUGCCGAUAAAGAAAGCCCUUGCUGCGCUGAUCCAAAAUGGCGUCCAGUCUGCGCCGAUUUGGGACUCGUCCUCGCAGACGUUCAAUGGCAUGCUCACAGUCACCGAUUUUAUCCACUUGAUCAUAUCCUUCUACGACAAGAAAAAGUCGCUCAUCUCCGCGAUCGAGGAGAUCGAUCUGCUGCAGGUGUCGUCGCUGAAAGAUUCGGAAGUAGCCGAGGGCCUGGUGAGGUCGUCCAACGUCGUAGCUCACCCUCUCCAGUCCAUCUAUGAGGCUGCGCGACUGCUUCUCGACAACCAGCUGCAUCGCCUUCCGCUCGUCGACAAGCACAACGGCAGCGAAAUCAUCGUUUCGGUGCUCACACAAUACAAGAUCCUCAAGUUUGUUUCGUCGCAUCUUGUCAACAUUGAUCGGCUCUCCAUGUCUAUCCGAGAGACGGGCAUUGGAACGUAUGACAACGUCGCAACAGCAACUCCCGAAACGCCCAUCAUCGACAUCAUCAAGAUAUUUAUCGACAAGAAAGUAUCCGCCGUGCCGAUUGUGGAUAACGAUGGCAAGGUUCUAGAUGUCUACGAAAAGUACGAUGUUCUGAUGCUGGCACGAGACAGCGAGCACUUCAACGUCGACAUGCCAGUGAGCGAGUCGUUGAGCAAGCGAUCUCCUGACUUUGAGGGAAUUCAUAUAUGCACUCCAUCGGACACGCUCGGCAGGCUCUUGGAGACCAUCCGACGGACAGUUGUUCAUCGGUUCGUCAUCACGGAAAACAAUCGCCUCCAUGGUGUGCUGUCUCUGUCGGACAUUCUUCGAUACAUUAUGUUUGUGUAAAGCCGCACGGGUGCCUACGCCCAACCCUGGUCGGAUGGCGAUUAUUGCCUGUGAUCCGAGAAGCCGGGGGGGUGCCUCUGCCUAUCUGGUUUUAAGAUACCGACACUCUCGACGCGGGGAUCCAAUAUAGCUUGCUCCCGAGAUCAUGGGGCGGUUGCCUGCGAUGCCGAGCUUGGCGGGACUGGUCCAGGGCGCUGGACGGGCCGUGGCGCAG